GCACCAAUGAUAAAGCUGAAAUAUCAAUUUACCAAGACACCAAUGACGAGAAGCUGAAACGACAACACACAACUUCCCAAGGCACCAACGAUAAAGCUGAAAUGUUAAUUCACCAAGGCACCAAUGACGAGAAGCUGAAACGACAACCCCAAGGCACCAACGAUGAAGCCGAAAUGUUAAUUCACCAAGGCACUAACAACGAGAAGCUGAAACGACAACACACAACUCCUGAAGGCACCAAUGACGAAGCCGAAAUAUUAAUUUACCAAGGCACGCAACGACGAGAAGCUGAAACGAUGAUACACACACCAACAAUGAAGCCGAAAU